AUGACAAGCAGGCAUUUACAGAACAUGCAAAAGCAAUUUUAUAAUCUAAAUCAGCAGCUCAAUUCACCUUGUCACAAUUUUGAGAAAGUUGAGGCGCCUAUAACUACAGUACCAAAUUCAAAGUUAAAACUAAAGCGCUGGGUCCACAAUAAUGAUUUGACGCUUGAUUUAAGCGAUGAUGAGCAUGUUGAUGAGGUCAUUAACAUUGAUGAGAGUGAUCCAAAUACUCAAUCGAACAACACACAAGCCAAUUCACCCACUGCGGAAGCUGUGGAGGUAGAAGAAGGCGUACAUGAUAAUACCAUAAACACAACAGAUCCUUCUGCUGCUGCUAACCAAGUCAUUCAUCCAAAUCACACAGAACAUCUCCACCAACCGCUUCAACGUGACGAGAAUGGCGAGAAUGAAGAUAAAGACGACGAUGACGAGAAUGACGUCAAGAGAGAAGAAAAUUCCCAACAACAGCGAUACUAA